CGCAAGCUUGCCUUGAGCUGAUUCUGGCUUUGUUCACCUGGAUUUUGUUUUUCAAUUAUAAUUAGCAGCUACAUCGCGUCUCCUCUAUCCACUUUCCUAUCAAUAUGUCAUCCAAUCACGCCUCCCUCGAUGCUGCGGCCACAGACAGAAAAGCUCGUCUCGCGAAACUUGCGGCCCUGAAACGGAAACAACCAGAGCCAGAGACACCAUUAUUAUCUGAACCCGGUCCUAAAGAAAAUGUCGCCCCAGAUGAUGUACCGGAUGUGACAAAAAAAUACCUUUCCGGAAGGAAUUACGACCUGGAAACUCGUGGUCCGAAGUUGGGUUUUGACCAGCUCCCAACCGAUGGACAAAUCACAUUGGAAGAACAAGCCGCCGAGAUAGCGAAGGAGACUUCAGAGCAAGCGAAAAAGGAUGCAGAGGCAGACCAGCCGAUCGAUCUCUUCAAAUUACAGCCAAAGAAGCCCAACUGGGAUCUUAAAAGGGAUCUGGAUCAGAAGAUGAAUAUUCUCAAUGUGCGGACACAGAAUGCAAUCGCCAAGCUUGUACGACAACGGAUAGAGAAUGCACAGCGCGCAGCCAAGGCAAAGGGGGCCGAUGCCAACGGGGAUAAGCAGGGAGAAGAGGUGGGAAUUGAAGGUGAAAUGCUCGUGGAGGGUAUUCAUGUCCGUGAACGAGAGGAAGAAGUUGACAGGGAACAGGAGGACGAGGACCUGGUAUAGUUUUGAUACCCAUACGGAGAUUGACCGAUGCUUCUGUGGUUUGUUGGAAUCGUCUUAUAUCUUGCUUUAUUGGGCGCUCACAUUUUGGGAUAUGGGUCACAUGUCAAAGGCGUUGCGGAUACCUCUUACAGUAAUGACACGAAAUAUUACUACCGAUACAUGUACAUC